AUGGGGACAGUGUCAGUGGGGGUGGACGUAGAGGAGGGGGAGGAGGACGGCGGACACGUGGGACCAAUGAUGAGCCGCCAGCUGUUGCGGACGGCACGUGGCGGCGAGCUGAGCGACGACGAGGAGGAGGUGGACGGCAGCACGGCAAUCCCGAAGAUUCGGAAAGGUGCGCAAUUGAGCAGCGGAUGCCAGCGGCGGGGGACAUGGGCACCAACUCGUUACACAUGGGAGUCAUGCUUGAGAAUUCUCAAACUCGCCCGUCCCGCUCUACGCGCGUCCUUCCCCAUCUCCGCGCACCAUUUCCCCUCCCCGCGCGACCUUUUCCCCUCUCCGCGCGCGCACCCUUUCCCCUCUCCGCGCGCGCGCCCUUACCCCCUCUCAGUGCCGGAGCAGGAGCAGCGGAUGCUAGCGGCGGUGGACAUGGGCACCAACUCGUUUCACAUGGUCGUCGUUAAAGCCGACAACAAGGGGCGCUUCGAGAUCGAGGACGUCGAGAAGGAGGACGUGCGGCUCGGCAGCGGCAGCUCGGGGUUCGCUGUCAUUACGCCCGAGGCGGAGGAGCGCGCGCUGGCGGCCGUGCGGCGGCUGAAGCAGAUCGCGAAAACGCGCGGCGCGGCGAUACGCGUCGUUGCCACGUCAGCAGUGCGCGAGGCGCGCAACCGACGGUCGUUCGUCCGCCGCGUGCUGGACACCACCGGGAUUGACGUGGAGGUGCUGUCUGGCCAGGAGGAAGCCUGCCUUAUCUACCUCGGUAUUCUCCAGGCCCUCCCAGUGUAUCACAAGACGGUGCUCACAGUGGACAUUGGAGGCGGGUCAACGGAGUUUGUGAUUGGUCGGGAGGGCAAGCCGCUCUUCGCCACGUCACUCAAGCUGGGCCACAUCCGCCUCACUGAGAAGUUUGCAUCGGGUGGGCUGUCCAAGAGCCAGCAGAUUCUGGAGAUGCGGCGAUACGUGCGCGUGCUGCUGGCCGACUCGGGCGUGCUCGAGGUGGUCAAAGCGGCCGAGAACGAAAUAGAACUGUCAAUAGGCAGUUCGGGCACCAUCGAAACAAUCGAGCAGAUGAUCCACCAGUCACAAGCCAGCGGCACCAUUAGCACGGGCAGCGCUGCAACCAUCGCCACUGCCAGCACCACCAGCGGCAGCAGCAGCAGUGGGAGCGGGAGCAAUGGCUCCCUGGUGGCAGCCGGGGCGCAGAGCGGGAGGAGCAGCGGUGGCGGUGGGAAAGGAGGAGGAGGGGGAGGAGGGGGUGUCAGUGGUGUUAUGCAGAAUCAAGAGGCUGUCCUGCGGCGUCUAGCCGACCUGAAGGACCGUGAGUUCACCCUCGAAGAGCUCUCUGCCGUGGUCAAGAAAAUCUGCAAGGCGAAAACCCCCGAGGCACGCGCGAAGCUGCCCGGGCUGCCCGAAAAGCGCGCUGACGUGAUCCUGGGCGGCGCGAUUCUCCUGGAGGAGAUCUUCCUGGCGAUGGGGAUUGAGAAGAUGCGCGUGUCUCCGUACGCUCUGAGGGAGGGCGUGAUUGUGGACACUCUGUCAAGGACGUUCACUGACUUCAGCAUCACACCUGACCUGAGAAGGAGCUCUGUGCUGAAGAUGGCCGGGAAGUUCAACACGGGGUUAAGGAAGGAGUCCGCCCUCCAUUGUGCGCGCCUGGCCCAGCAAAUCCUGGCGGGCAUGCAGACGUGCAAGAUGGGCGGCUCAGAUUGCGUCUCGCCGAUGAUGGCUCUUUUGGACGGCAACGAUUUCGAGGUGCUGGAGGCGGCCACUGUGCUGCACUAUGUGGGCAUGUUCAUCUCCCACAAGGGCUACCACAAGCACUCGUACUACCUCAUUAAGCAUUCGGAGCAGCUUCUGGGUUACUCGCCCAUGGAAGUCGAGAUGAUCGCUCUGCUCGUGCGCUACCACCGCAAGCGCCCCCCCUCCACCAAGGAUGAGGACUUUGCCAAGCUGCCUCUCGUGGUGCAGCAGAAGAUCCGAGCGCUCUGUGCCAUCAUGCGCAUCGCCGUAGCGCUCGACCGCUGCUACACGGGCGCUGCCGCUAGCGUGCUGGUGCUGCAGGACGACGACUCGUGUGUGCUGGCGGUGACCCCGGCAGUGGAUCCUCUCACAGGGGCGGCACAGGACGUGUCUUUGGAGAUGUGGGCGGCACGGAGCGAGCUUGAAUACUUCCACAAGAUAUUUAAGAAGGCGCCAUCCAUAGUCAUUGCGGAUGACCUCGACACGGACCUGCUCCUUGCAGAGCAGUCCAGGAGCCUCAGCUCUUAG